AUAGCUCGAGAGGCUCCGGACGACGGCGCGGCGCGCGGCGGUUCUACAGAGGACGUGUGCAUCGCAGCGCAGUUCACGGAGUGGUUCAAAUUUAAAAUUUAAAGUUCCCCGCGAAUUGCUGCAUUGUGUCAUUGAGAACAAGUCGAGCCCACAGGGUUGCUGCCGCCACGCUGGUUGAUUUUGCCUGCCCCGUCCCCCAGAGUAAAUCUGUGGCGUUUAUUUACCAAAGGGAAUGCUGUUUAACAUGAUGAUUUCUUUUUUUCUGCUUUGCUGUAAUCUGCAUAUUUGCUACACUCUAGGUCUGGCCGAGGAUGCGGAUGAUGCUGGAAAGAAGACGACCACCACGAAAACCAAAGCCAAGAAAGCGAAGAAGACGGAUGCUGACCAUGGCCCGGAGACUGCCCUGGGAGCCGGAGCUUCCGGCGAUAAUGAGCUCGUUGAAGUUACUAAAAUUGUUUCGACCUCAAUAAAGACGCCAAUCGUGCACGUCUGCUUCGGAUACAUACCGGAAGACAAGUUGGAUCCUGCUCUGCGCUACGUGUACGUCAUUAGGCGAUUCAGCUCCCCGAUUGGAUACUUCUCAAACUACGAAGAAUGCUGCUCGGAGAUGCCCUACUACACGGUAAUGGGCUGCCUACGAGGUGCCGUGGUCGGCAAUGCCAAAACUCUGCUGGAACAAAUCUACAAACCUGCCGUCCAGCACCAGUUUCGAGAGCCCAAUGUCGAACGGUCGAAGCCGGAAAAACCCGAAGUCGACGAGGAUGUCUCGCGUGCCGGUAGUCGAGCCAGCAUCGCCUUGAUUGACUAUACAAAACCAUCGGACUUCCGGAUGAAGGCCAUCCAGGCUCGCAAUGCAGGACAUCGGGCUAUGGGCGAGGAAUCGAACUUAGAGUUGUGCAGUGGCCAAUCGCUUAGUGAAACACCAAGCAGUGAAUCGAAUUUGAAGGCUUCGGAAGCUACGCUGGUCAGUGAAGAUACUGUCAAAGAAACGCCCUCGGAGAAAUGGAACAACCUGUUGGAGAUCGCCGAUGCGAAGAUUGAAGCCCGAAAGGAGAAACUGAGGAACGCACCUGUGAAACAGGGGCCAAUAAAGACCAACCUCAACUUGAAUGUGGACCAAUUCAUCGGAGUUAUGGAUUGGACGAUGGAACACAUACAUUACGACUUUGCUAUGCCAACCCAGUACAACGCUCCGGGCCAGGAGUCCAUCACGGUGGACGAAGAUAAGUUCAAAAUCAAAGUCGAUAUCAGCAAGACCGCCGUCCCCGAACUGACCACCCUACAGCAGGAGGAAAUCGUCGAAGGUUGGUCCAUCUACAUUCGGAAAGUUCUCCGGGAAACGAUGGAACGGGAACCGGAAGAAAACACACCGAUGGCCGAGUACAAUCUGUGGCUGGCACGUGAACUCGAAUACAACUCCAUUAUUGAGCAAUUAAAAGCGCCGUUCGUUAUUCAGGUGUUCGAUGCACUAAAGGACAACGAAAGCGCCAUAAUGACUGCUUGGCCGAUACUGUUCAAAACCCUCAAAGAAGCCCUUAGCCUGGCCCGGGACAACGUCGAACACUUGGCCAUGUUACAGAGCUACCUACUGAAAAUCAAAUCCGAGGAAGACUUCAGCUUCAUCCUAUCCAUUAUCCCGAACGUAACGAUCAUACUGCGACACAUUUGGACCAUGUCAAACUACUACAGCAAGGACCGGAACAUGCUGAACCUGCUCGGCCAGAUAUCCUACGUGUUUGCGGAGAAAGUUAAAAUACUAAUUAAUGUUGAUACCAUUUUCAAACACUCAGGCAGCUCGAUCUUCCGCACGGCAACCAACUGCGCCGAAAUGCUCCGAGCCUGGAAGCGGUCCUACAUGGAAACUCGGGCCCUCAUAGAGAAAACUGGCAUCGGUUCGCGCUGGGAGUUCGACCGGAACGUACUGUUUCGGGACGUUGACCACAUGACCCGCAUCAGCCAGGACAUGGCCAACAUCGCAAAGGUCUUCAUCGAGUUUGAAACCAUCUUCGACCACAACUUGAAGACGAUAAUCAGCGCACCGGAAGAGGUGGAUAAUAUACUGGCCAAGGUUUAUCGACUCAUCAAUCACAUAAUUUCGGUGGACUACGACAUCUUCGCGCCGAGCAACCUGGCCAAUUGGGAAGCCACCCUGGAGUAUUUCUACAAGGGUGUUGAACAGGUGGAGCACGAGGCGCGGAUCUCGCUGGACCAAUGCAUCGCAGCGCUCAGGUCGGCCAACUUGGGCCUCGAGUUGAUCAAGAACCUGGACCAGAUGGAGACCCGGCCGUCGCUCGCAAACCAUUUGUCAUCCAAGUACGAAAACAUUAUGAAACAAUUCCUCGCGGAAGUCGGCAUGGUUGAGCACGAGUUUAUGAGAAACAAAAGCAAUCCGCCCCUGCAGCGGAAUCAACCGCGCCACGUCGGUUCGGUGUUCUGGGCCCGGUCUCUGCUCUCCUUCAUCCGGAAGUCCAUGAUAGCAUUUAAAGAGUACGAAGGUUCCCCUCGAAGCACUGCGGGGUCAAUCGAUGCGACGGGGGACAGCAAAGCGAUGGUACCCAUGGGUGGUGGAGGGGACAUGGCGGAGGAGGAAGCCCUCCGGAAACGGGCCACUUUCAGACAGUAUCUGAUGCUGGUGAAGAACAUUCGGGACUACGAGAAGGACAACUUCCAGCAGUUUUUGGGUUACGCAACUCGAACCGUGAACUCGGUCCUGAGGCGAAACAUUCUGAAGUUGGAGUUUUGCGAGCCGAUUUUCGAACUGGAGGAAGACAAACGGUUCGCCCGGGCCAAGAAAGAAGCCAACUCCCGGCGUCCGUCGGCGCUGAUGUCCGCCGGUGAGAGGGGCAAGUACUCCAACAUUUGCACAGCCGUUCGUUGGAUCGUCAAUCGGCCGGAAUCACAAAAUCCCGAGCUGACGUUGGCGCAAAAGCUGGUGCGGGCCUCGAGAAACACCCCCUCGCAGGGAGCAUCAUCUUCGUCCGCAACGGGACUGCUCACUCCGGCUGCAGCGUUCAAGAUCAAACAGGCACAAUUGAUGGUGUCAGCAGUUACCCAGAAGAAGCUACCGACUUGGCGCGAAGUGAUUGGGGAUUCCGUGCUCAUUGAAUUCAAGCUAAAGUUCGCAGUAAAUUUCUCCUACGAUGUAUUCGACGUCAUCAGUGAAGGUCAGCAGUUCGAGCAUCUGGGGUUCUCACUCAGCCCGGUCGUUAGGACGGCCAUUAUGCGAAAGGAGCAACUAUUUACCGACGUGGAGCACGUUACCAAAAUGGUGAACGAUUAUAACGAGCUGGUACUCCGACUGGCCGCUCCGGAGAUCCAUUUUCUGCGAGGUCACCUGUACGAAGUCGAGACAAUUAUUCAAGCUGGAUUAGGCAGAUUCACGUGGCAGUCGUUCAACAUAGCCGCGUACUGCGAACGAUGUCAGCAGUUUAUGAAAAGUUUAUCGUCGAUGGUAUCCCAAAUUGGCCACAUCAGCAGCGAUAUAAAAUCACAAAUCGAUAAGCUGGAAUCAUUCUCGAUGUUUGAGAUGAAGGUGGAUCCGGCCAAGGAGAAGCGCUCUGCCACUGCGGCGGAAAUCGUACUGAAAACACCAAGCCAGCCAAAAGAGCCUCAGCCCCAUCACCACCAUCAUCACCAUCACCACCACCGGCACUCGUCGUCCCACCAGCAGAAAAUAACGGCCGAGGGACCAUCUGCCGCUGCCAGUGCAGCAGCAGCCCAAGCGGAAGACAACAGCGCCGGGGAACAGCCGCAGCAGCAGCACCACCAGCAGAAACCGCCGGCGAAGAAACCGAAACGCGUCUCCAUCCGGGAAGCACCGCCGGACGACGGGGUACGACCCUGCCAGGACUACUUCCAGGCCCUGGAGUUGGAGCGGAACGAGAAAACAACCAAACUGGCGAAACUUUACGACUCAAUAGGACCCAUACUGAUUAAAUUAGAAAGUUUGGUUCUCGGAACGUUCACGGGCAAGUGCCCGCAGAUGAAGUACUACUACAGUUACUGGGAGAAGCAGGUCUUUGCCUGUUUCACCAGAUUCACCACCCGAAAUCUGGAGAAGUUUAUGUUUGAUCUGCAGCAGGACCGCCCGCUGUUCGAAGUGGACGCCAUCCUGGAGGUACCGGAUAUCCAGAUGAAGCCCACGGCAGCCGAGGUGUACGGUAUCGCGAUUCAGUCCGUUACGGACUUUUUGCAGAGGCUCAAGAGCUUCCACCGGUGGAUGACCGAAACCUGUCUUCCCUGUCCGGACACCAAAUGCAACAAUGAAACAUUCAUCUUUACGUUCUUCGAAGACAUCGUGCAGAUUCCGAAAGUUUGCGAACUUGUUAUAAACUUGCAACAAACUAUCCAAAAUUUAGUGGCCGAUGUUCUGGUAUAUUUAAAAUGCUGGCAAAAGUACAAAAAUCUCUGGAUGUACGAGAAGCUGAGCGUUUGCGAAAAGUUUCUUUCGCAGAACCUACCGCUGGUGCGACUGGACGAGAAGUUCAUCUUCUACACGCAGAUCGUGAACGACCUGGAGCGGCACCGGCCCUAUCACGACAUCAAAUCGAUACGGAUUAAUUUGCAGCCGCUAGUUAGAAGCAUUAUCGAUCAUGCCGUCGAGUGGCGCAACACCCUGGGGCAUAUUCUGAGCGAGCGGACCCGGGAGCAGAUGCUAGAUCUGGCCGAGCACAUGGAGAACCUUCGGAAGGAGCUGGACCGGAACGUGAAGGAGCUUCCGCACUUCAAAAGUGUCAUGCAAACGAUCAAUACCGUCCAGACGACGACGCUGACGGUGGAGCUGCGGAUCGACGAGAUGCAGGAAACCUACAACAUACUGCAGGAGCACAAGAUUAAGCUCCCGGUCAGCGACAUGGUGAUGUCGUACCACUUGGAGAAACGCUGGCGCAAAUUAUUCAAUUCAGCGCUCUACCGUGCAAACAUGCUGCAAUCAACGAAGACAAAGUUUGCCGAGAUGACACAGAACGAGAUCAGUAUAUUCUGCCUUGAAUUGAAUGGGUUCGUCCAAAAGUACAAACGCGAGGGCCCCGGAACGGUAGGGCUGGAUCUGGACCGCGGAGCGCAACUGAUGGAAACUUAUGCCGUGGAGUUCGAAUCGAUGGAAAAGCAACGGGUCGAGUUGGAAAACGCGGAAAAACUCUUCGACAUCCCAUUAACGGAUUACAAUGAGUUUUUGCAGUGCAAACAUGAGUACGAAGAAAUGGAAGUGGUCUACAACAUGUACUUGAAGCAAAAAGUCGCCCGUGAAAAGUGGUCCAGAACGCUUUGGGCCAACUUGAACCCCCAAGCUCUUCUGGAUGGAAUAGAUGGUUUCAUGAAGGAAUACCGCAAAAUUCCACGAUCGAUCCGUCAAACGCCGAUCGGCCAAGCGCUGGACACCAAGAUGAAGCAGUUCAAGUCCUCCAUUCCGCUGAUGUUGAGCCUCAAAGACGAUGCCCUCCGCGAGCGCCACUGGCAGCUGCUAAUGGACAAAACUGGUCAACACUUUGACAUGUCGCCGGAACUGUUCACGCUGGAGAACAUGUUCGCCAUGGAGCUGCACAAGUAUCAGGACAUCGCCGAAGAAAUCAUAAACAAUGCCAUAAAGGAGCUGUCCAUCGAACGGGGCGUCCAGGAGGUGGCGGAAAUAUGGCAGCAGACCUUGUUCAUCAUUCUGCCUUACGAGGGACGAGGUCGAGACAGUGACGAUACGACGGAAAGAUUCAUACUCGGCGCCGUGGACGAAAUCACGCAGAUACUGGAGGAGAACUCGAUGAACCUCCAAUCGAUGGCGGCAUCACAAUUUAUUGGCCCCUUCCUGCCGACGGUACAGCAGUGGGAGAAACACUUGACGCUGAUCUCCGAAAUCAUCGACGAGUGGCUAAGCGUCCAGCGGAAGUGGCUCUACCUGGAGGGAAUAUUUAUCGGCGGCGAUAUAAGUGCCCAAUUACCGGAAGAGGCGGAAAAAUUUAACAACAUCGACCGAGAGUUUCAAGAGAUCAUGUCCUCCAGUGCCGCAAAUCCGCUUGUGGUCGAUGUUUGUUUGGUACCGGGUCGGCUCGAUGACUUCCUACGGCUCGGAGCGGAACUGGACGGGUGUCAAAAGUCGCUCAACGAUUACCUGGAACACAAACGGAUGCUUUUUCCGAGGUUCUACUUCAUCUCGACGGAGGAACUCCUAUCCAUUCUGGGAAGUAGCGAGCCCACGUGCGUGCAGGAACACAUCAUUAAGAUGUUUGACAACAUAAAAUCUUUACGAUUCGCCAAAGAUCAUUCCGAUACGCCGAUUGUCACCGCCAUGAUAUCGGCCGAGGGCGAAGUUAUGGAAUUCCAGCAGCCCGUUACGGUGAAGGAGCGCGUCGAGAGCUGGAUGACCGAUGUUCUGAUCGAAAUGCGGGCCACCAAUCGCUACAUCAGCAAGAAGGCCAUCUUCGACUACGGCAAAGAGCGGGAACGACCCAGACCGGAUUGGAUCAUGCUGUACCAGGGCAUGGUUUGUUUGGCCGCGAACCAGGUAUGGUGGACCGCCGAAGUGGAAGAAGUGUUCUUCAAGGUUAAGAAAGGAAACAAACGAGCUAUGAAAGAGUACUUGGAAGCUCAGAAUCGCCAACUCGAUGAUCUAGUUGUAAAGGUACGAGCUGACCUUUCUCCGAAUGACCGAUUGAAGUUCAAAACCAUCGCCACAAUUGAUGUCCAUGCCAGGGACAUUAUCGAAGGAUUCGUGCGGGAUAGUAUCCUGGAUGCUCAAGAGUUCGGAUGGGAGAGCCAACUGAGAUUCUACUGGCUUCGAGAAAUGGACAACCUGUUUGUGGUUCAGUGCACAGGAAAAUUCGAUUACGGAUACGAGUACAUGGGCCUCAAUGGGCGUCUUGUGAUUACACCGCUAACGGAUCGCAUCUACCUAACAAUAACCCAGGCCUUGACGAUGAAACUGGGCGCUGCACCAGCUGGUCCCGCCGGUACAGGUAAAACGGAAACCACCAAGGAUUUGGCUAAAGCGAUGGCUCUGCUCUGCGUGGUGACCAACUGCGGCGAGGGAAUGGAUUUUCGCGCCGUCGGUACCGUGUUAUCAGGACUGUCACAAUGCGGAGCAUGGGGAUGCUUCGACGAGUUUAAUCGGAUUGACAUAUCGGUACUUAGCGUCAUCUCAACUCAGCUACAAAUGAUUCGGACGGCUCUGGUUGCCAACCAGAAAACAUUCAUGUUCGAAGGUUACGAGAUCAAUCUGGACCCCAAGGUGGGCAUAUUCAUCACCAUGAACCCCGGUUACGCCGGUCGUACCGAACUGCCUGAAUCGGUCAAAGCCCUGUUUCGGCCGGUGACCUGCAUUAUGCCGGACCUGGAGCUCAUUUGCCUAAUAUCGCUGUUCUCCGAUGGGUUUAUGAAGGCCAAGACCCUGGCCAAAAAGAUGACGGUCCUGUACAAGCUGGCCCGAGAACAACUUUCCAAACAGUACCACUACGAUUGGGGACUCCGCUCGCUGAAUGCCGUCCUGCGAAUGGCCGGAGUAAACAAACGCAAAUCACCGGACAUUUCCGAAACUGCCACCCUGAUGAGGACGCUGUUCGACAUGAACUUCCCGAAAUUUGUCUUCGAUGAUGUUCCGCUGUUCAUGGGAUUGAUGAAGGAUUUAUUCCCAGGAGUGGACUAUCCACGCGUCGGCUAUCCGGAAUUUACCGAAGAGGUGGAGAAGGUUCUCGAGGACGACGGGUAUAUCAUCAUGCAAAAACAGGUGGAAAAGGUGAUACAAUUAUACGAAACAAUGAUGACACGUCACUCAACCAUGAUUGUCGGUCCAACAAGUGGCGGAAAAACGGUUGUAAUAAAUACAUUGAUAAAAGCGCAAACCAAUAUGGGCCUGCCGACGAAGUGCACCGUGCUGAAUCCGAAGGCCUGCUCGGUGGUUGAACUGUACGGCUAUCUGGAUCCGAACACCCGCGAUUGGAUUGAUGGGCUCUUCUCCAACAUAUUUCGCGAGAUGAAUCGACCCACGGAGCGCGAUGAACGUCGCUACGUAUGCUUCGACGGAGAUGUCGACGCCCUGUGGAUCGAGAACAUGAACUCGGUUAUGGACGACAACAAACUGCUCACGCUGGCCAACGGCGAACGAAUCCGGCUCAACAGCUACUGUGCGCUGCUGUUCGAAGUCGGUGAUCUGGCGUACGCUUCUCCUGCGACCGUUUCACGUGCUGGUAUGGUUUAUCUAGAUCCGAAAAAUCUCGGCUACCAGUGUUACUGGGAUCGUUGGCUACGCGGCCGCUACGAACAGGAAAAGGAGUUGCUAGGGAAAAUGUUCGAUAAGAUUAUUGCGAUAGCGAUCGAUUACAUACUGGAGGGAGUGGAUGGUAACAAUCAGGAAAACCCGCUCGCAAUGGUGAUUCCCCAGACUAACCUGAACAUGGUUACGCAGUUGUGUUACUUUUACGACGCCAUGUUUCCAAAAUCGAGCACCGUUUGUCCUUAUGACGAGGACUGCAUGGAAUGUGGCUUCAUUCAGUGCCUGUACGCAUCGUUGGGUGCUGCACUGCUUGAAGAAUCCCGAAUUCGGUUCGAUUCGUUCGUCAAACGCAACCUGGAGAUGAUCAACUACGAAGAUAGCCCCAGUGCUCCAGCUAAGGCCGGACAGGUGCCAUCACUGAAGCCAACAUUGUACGAAUACUUCUUCGAUCUGGAAAAGAAAGUGUGGCUUGCGUGGGAAUGGGUCGUUCCGAAGUACGUCCACGAUCGGGAGACACCGUUCAGUGAGAUCUUGGUUCCAACGGUGGACACGCUGCAGACGGAGUGGAUUCUCAAAUCUAUGAAUGAUAUCCGUCAUCCAGUUCUUCUGGUGGGAGAUACAGGAACCUCCAAAACGGCGGUGAUUUCCAGCUUCCUUCGGCAACUUAAUCGGGAUACUUACAUCAUCCUGAACAUCAACUUCUCGUCACGAACGUCGUCGAUGGACGUGCAGAAGACUAUCGAAGCUGCGGUAGACAAACGCACCAAGGACAUUUUUGGGCCUCCGGUCGGGAAAAAGUUGGUCGCCUUCAUAGACGACAUGAAUAUGCCUCAGGUGGACAGUUACGGAACGCAGCAACCGAUCGCUCUGCUCAAGUUGCUCUUCGAACGGGAAGGCAUGUACGACCGAACGAAGGACUUGAGCUGGAAGAAGUUCAAGGAUAUGUCAUUCAUCGCCGCCAUGGGUCGUGCCGGUGGAGGACGUAAUGAUGUCGAUCCACGCUUCAUUUCGAUGUUCUCCGUUUGCAACGUUGUGUUUCCGCACGAUGCCACCAUGCUGCACAUCUACAGUUCCAUACUGCAAGGUCACCUACAAACAUUCCCGGAAGAGCUUCAAGACGUGGCGGGGGUGGUCGUCCAAAUGACGCUGGACUUGUUCAAGGUGCUGAUCGCCAAGCUACCCCCGACGCCGUCGAAGUUCCAUUACAUUUUCAACCUGAAGGACUUGUCCAGGAUAUUUGCUGGAAUGCUGCAGAUUCAUCCGACUUACUUUAAGGAGGUGCGCCACUUGAUCAGAGUGUGGCGGAAUGAAUUCAGUCGAGUUAUUUGCGAUCGGUUGAUCAACGUGCAGGAUCAGGAGCUGAUGGCUCAACAUAUUGCGGAGGAAGUUGACGCCAAUUUCCCACCUCCUAAGCCGGUUGGCCGCAGUAAAACCAUAUUGGCGGAGUCGGUUAAGGAUAUCCGGAGCGACUCGAAGGUGCUGGUCAGUGAGCUUCCAACGGCGGAGUACGCACUGAAAGAUCCUCUGCUGUUCGGGGACUAUCGGAAUGCGGUGAACUUGGCCGAGACUAGGUUCUACGAAGACCUGCUGGACUACGAGGCGAUAUAUUUUCUGUUCCAGGAGAUUCUUCUGGAGUACAAUGAGCAGAAGUCCAGGAUGAGUUUGGUGCUGUUCGAGGACUGCUUGGAGCAUUUGACUCGAGUUCAUCGGGCAUUGCGAAUGGAGCGAGGUCACGUUAUGCUCGUCGGUGUCGGUGGUUCGGGUAAGCAGAGCAUUGCCAAACUUGCAGCUUUUGCAGCAGAAUGCGAAGUGUUCCAAAUUGUGCUGAGCCGCGGUUACAACGAAAAUUCCUUCCGCGAAGACCUGAAACAACUUUUCACUAACGUUGGCGUAAAAGACAAAAAGACUUGCUUCAUCUUUAAAGCUGCUCAGAUAGCGGAAGAAGGAUUUUUAGAGUUCAUAAAUAAUAUUUUAACCACUGGAAUGGUGCCAGCGCUGUUUACCGACGAGGAGAAAGAUACGAUAAUUGGCCAGUGCCGGGGAGCCGCCCAGCAGCAGGGCUACGCAGUAUCCAAAGACGGUGUUUGGUCAUUCUUCCUGGCCCGGGCGGUAAGGAAUCUGCACGUGGUCCUGUGCAUGUCCCCGGAGGGUGAUGCACUGCGGAACCGUUGCCGCAAUUUCCCCGGACUGGUCGGCAGCACCACCAUCGAUUGGGUCUUCCCGUGGCCCGAACAGGCCCUGCAUGCCGUUGCCAAGGUAUUCCUCGCGGAUCAUGCCAAGAUUCCGGAGAUUCACCGAGAGCCCAUUAUUUCGCACAUCGUUCAUGUUCAUCAAUCACUCAAGCAUUACACGCAGCAGUUUCUACUGAAGUUACGGCGCAAGAAUUUCGUUACCCCCAAGCACUAUCUCGAUUUCAUCAACACAUACCUCAAGCUAAUUGAGGAGAAAGAUAAUUUUAUCACGCAACAGUGCUCCCGAUUAUCGGAUGGAAUCGAGAAAAUUAAUGAAGCCUCACUUCAGAUCGAUCAGUUGAGCAUCGUCGUCGAGGAGCAGCGGAAAAACGUCGUCGAGGCGGCCAAACGGUGCGAACAGAUGCUCGUCGGCAUAGAAACAUCUACCGAGAAGGCCAAUGCCAAAAAGGCUGAGGCUUCGGAGAAAUCCGUCGAGGUGGAACAGCAGAAAAAGAUUAUUACCGUCGAGAAGGCCGAAGCGGAGGAAGCCCUGGCUGCGGCUCUGCCGGCGCUGGAGAUUGCCCGGCUGGCCCUGUCCGAUUUGGACAAGUCGGACAUUACGGAGAUUCGAAGCUUUGCCACGCCUCCGGAAGCGGUCCAGGUCGUGUGCGAAUGCGUGGCCAUCAUCAAAGGUUUUAAGGAAAUUUCCUGGAAGACGGCCAAGGGUAUGAUGUCCGAGGGUAACUUUCUGCAGAGCUUGCAGAAACUGGACUGCGAUCAGAUCAGCCAGAAACAGGUUGCCAAUGUUAGGGCGCAUAUGAAGAAAUCCCAAAAACUCGAUGACAUGAAAUCCAUCUCCAAGGCCGGUUACGGUCUACUAAAAUUCGUUCGAGCAGUGCUAGGUUAUUGCGACGUAUUCCGAGAGGUGAAACCAAAAAAGGAUCGAGUGGCAUUCCUUGAGUCCGAAUUAGCUAGCCAAAUUAAGCUUUUGAACAAGUUGACCAAUGAAAUCAAUAAACUGGAGUCUGAGCUGGACGCCUUGAACAACCAAUACGCCACGGCAAUCAAAGAAAAACAGAUGCUGCAGGAAAUGAUGGAACAAGCCGAGCGUCGGCUGAUUGCUGCCGGUAAGCUGAUCUCCGGACUUAGCUCCGAGCGGGAUCGCUGGAAGAUCGAUUUGGCCAACCUUCAGGAAGACAAAACCAAGGUCGUUGGAUCUUGUCUGUUAUCGGCAUCCUUCCUGGCUUACACCGGUCCAUUUUCGUGGGAUUUCCGAAACUCUAUCGUUCUAGAGGAUUGGCUCCCAGAUGUCGAGGAGCGAGAGAUUCCAUACGGUAAACCGUUCAAUAUUCUCACUAGUUUGAGUAGCGACUUGGAGAUGACGACCUGGGCGUCUGAAGGCUUACCACCGGACGAACUCUCAGUACAAAACGGCAUUCUGACCACGAGGGCUUCCAGAUUUCCUCUCUGCAUCGAUCCACAACAGCAGGCACUGAUGUGGAUCAUCAAACGGGAGUCCUCGCACAACCUUAAAAUUCUAUCAUUCAACGACAAAGACUUCCUGAAACACUUGGAGAUGGCUAUCAAGUACGGCAAUCCAGUUCUAUUCCAAGACGUCGAUGAUUACAUAGAUCCGGUGAUUGAUAACAUCCUGGAGAAGAACAUCAAAGUCCAAGCCGGGCGGCAGUUUGUGAUCCUCGGCGAUAAGGAAGUCGACGUGGAUAACAACUUCCGGAUGUACCUUACAACCAAGCUGGCCAAUCCCAACUUUGACCCCGCCGUAUAUGCCAAAGCUAUGAUCAUCAACUACACGGUUACAAAGAGCGGCUUGGAAGACCAACUGCUCAGUGUUGUGGUCCGUGCAGAACGACCAGACCUCGAGGAACGUCGUGAGAACCUCAUUGAGGAAACUAGUGCCAACAAGGUGCUGUUGAAGAACUUGGAAGAUUCGCUCCUUCGAGAACUUGCUACCUCCACCGGUAACAUGCUAGACAAUGUCGAACUGGUAAACACGCUGGAAAACACCAAAGAAAAGGCAGCCGACGUAUCGGAAAAGAUCAAACUCGCGGAAGAAACUUCAGUUGACAUCGAAUUUCUCCGGAAUGAGUAUCGUUUGGCAGCUCAACGUGGAGCGAUCCUGUACUUUGUCCUCUCGGAAAUGUCGGUCGUCAAUCCGAUGUACCAAUACUCGCUCAGUUCGUACCUAACCGUGUUCAUCUACUCGCUACGAAAAGCCGUUCCAGAUAAUCUCCUAGCGAAACGGCUUAACAACAUCAUACAAACCCUCACCAGGCAAGUGUACGAGUACGGCUGCAUAGGGUUCUUCGAGCGGCACAAGUUGCUGUAUUCGUUCCAGAUGACUGUCAAGCUGGAACAGAGCAAGGGUAAUCUGAGCCAGGCGGAAGUGGACUUUUUUAUCAAGGGAAAUAUUGCACUGGAAAAGUCAGACCGCAUGUGUCCGGCCAAAUGGAUCAGCGAAAAAGGUUGGCAGGAUGUGCUUCUUUUGGCGGAGCUGUUUCCGGAGAAAUUUGGCCAGCUGCCGGGACACGUGGAGCGUAACAUUGCCGAGUGGACAAGCUGGUACGAUCUAGAUGACACGGAAGGCAUCGAUUAUCCAGGAAAUUUAGCGGACAAUAUGAAUGUAUACGAUCAUCUGAUGGUGAUGCGUUGCUUCCGCAUGGAUCGAGUCUAUCGUUUGCUGAACAACUACGUAUCGACAAUCAUGGGCGAAGAGUUCAUCACACCUCCUAUGCUAAGUUUUGACGCCAUUUUCGAACAAUCCUCCGCCGUUACUCCGGUGGUCUUCAUCUUGAGCCCAGGAUCCGACCCCACAAGCGACCUCAUGAAACUGGCAGAUCGUUGUGGCUUUGGAGGAUCCAAAUUCAAACACAUUUCGCUAGGUCAAGGUCAGGAGCAGCGAGCUCUAUCCCUGCUGCAGCUCGCCCUGGAACAAGGCCUGUGGCUCAUGCUCCAGAACGGGCACCUUCUUCUCAGUUUCAUCCGCACGCUGGAAAAGCUGCUCGACUCGGUGAGCAAGCCUCAUCCGGAUUUCCGCCUGUGGAUAACGACCGAACCCACCGAUUCGUUCCCCAUCGGCGUCCUGCAAAAGUCCCUAAAAGUCGUUACUGAGCCACCGAAUGGACUGAAAAUGAAUCUCCGGGCAACCUUCUUCAAACUUCGCCAGCAAACACUUGACGCGUGCACUCAUCCGGCGUUCAAGCCAUUAGCAUACGUUUUAGCGUUCUUCCACGCCGUUUUACAGGAACGACGGAAAUACGGCAAACUAGGCUGGAACAUAAGCUACGAUUUUAAUGAGUCCGACUUCAGCGUCUGUCUGCAGAUAAUGGAUACCUACCUAACGAAGGCACUCAGCCUCAACGAGACCCGGUUGCCGUGGAACAGCCUCAAGUAUCUGAUUGGAGAGGUCAUGUACGGUGGUCGCGUAAUCGACGACUUCGAUCGGCGGGUCGUCAAAAUCUACAUGGACGAGUACAUGGGCGAUUUCCUGUUCGAUACGUUCCAACCGUUCCACUUCUACCAGGACGAAGCGGUUGAUUACAAAAUAUUCGAAGUCGAAACGCGAGAUGAGUUUAUCGCAUCCAUCGAGAAGCUCCCGUUGACCAACACACCGGAAGUGUUUGGACUGCACUCGAACGCCGAGAUUGGCUACUACACGAUUGCGGUCCGGGAAGCGUGGACCUAUCUGAUCGAUCUGCAACCCCAAACCAGUGCCGAAAGUGGCGGCGUCAGUCGGGACGAGUUCAUCGACAAGGUCGCAGUGGACAUACUGAAGAAACUUCCGAAACCGUUCGAAAUCUGGCGCGUCAAGAAACAGUACCAGAUCAACAUAACGCCGGUGUGUGUGGUUCUGCUGCAGGAACUGGAACGUUUCAACCGGCUGCUGAACCGAAUGGAGUGGACACUGCAGCAGCUUCGCAAGGCGCUGGCCGGUGAGAUUGGCAUGGACUCGGUGUUGGACGGCAUAGCCAAUUCGUUGUUCAACGGGCAGCUGCCGGACGAUUGGCGUAAUUUGGCACCGGCCACCUGCAAGCAGCUGGGUGAUUGGAUCGAACAUUUGCAGAGGAGGAACACGCAGUAUAAAUAUUGGUCAGUAUCUGGCGAGCCACUGGUGAUGUGGUUGUCGGGACUCCACAUACCGGAAAGUUAUUUAACCGCAUUAGUUCAGGUCGCCUGCCGCAAGAACAACUGGCCCUUGGACCGUUCCACCCUGUACACCGCGGUGACCCAGUACCUUAGACAGGACGAGAUCGAAGAACGGCCCGAAGCGGGCUGCUACGUGACCGGUCUCUAUCUGGAGGGCGCCCGCUGGGAUCCGGCCAAUCGUUGUCUGGCACGUUCGACUCCGAAGGUGCUGGUGGAACCGUUGCCGGUGUUGUCCGUCGUGCCGAUCGAGGUGCACCGUCUCAAGCUGCAAAAUACGUUCCGGACACCGGUCUACACCACUUCGGAAAGACGAAAUGCGAUGGGCGUUGGACUCGUUUUCGAAGCAGAUCUUUACACCGAGGAGCACUCGAGUCAUUGGGUGCUGCAGGGUGUUUGUCUUAUCAUGAAUACUGACUGAGCUCGAUUGAACAGUUCGAUAAUGAUGCUUGUUAUUUAUCUGUUGAAAACACGUUUGUUUUAUAGAGUUGAAUAAAUUUAUCA